GGCUCUUCGCCUCUUCCACUCCCCAACUCCCUCCUCCCUCUCCCACACACACGGCCGGAACACCUCCUCUGAAGCCCCCGGAGUCGGCGGCGGGCUAGGCUCUAUGGGCGUCCCCUCGGCCGCGGGGAGCUGGGACGCCGAGGACGACUUCCUUCUCAAGAACGCCGUCGAGGCUGGUGCGUCGUUGGAAUCCUUGGCUAAAGGGGCUAUAUGCUUUUCCCGCAAAUUCACUCUACAAGAAUUGCAAGAUCGUUGGUGCUCAUUGCUCUAUGAUUCAGAGACCUCAGCACAAGCAUCUGCUCGCAUAGUCGAGUUUGAGACUGUGCUUUCAACCUCCAGUCCCGGCAAAACAAUUAAACGUUUCAACUCAAAGGGAAAAGUUUAUUCAGGACGGAAGCGAAAAAUAGAUAGUGUAAAGUAUCAGUAUUAUUCAAGGAGAAAGAGAGUUUGCCAUGAACCAUGUUUGUCUACAGCUUUUGGUUAUGAUGUUCCACCCUGUUCAUGUACUCCUGAUGGCAGUGGUUGUGUAUGUGGUGGCUUACUUAAACCUUUGGAAGGCCAUCACUUGGCUCAUACCCUUGAUCCUGCAGCAUUGUUGGUAGAUAAUUAUGGACACAUUGAUGACAGCUAUGGCGGAGGACAAAACGUGCACCACAAAGAUAAUCAAAAUUAUUUAUUCCAUGCGAAUCAUGCUAAUGCUGCUGGGAGCAUAUUAAUAGAUGGAACAGUCAAUGAUGAUAUCCUGCAUGGCUGCUCUGAUGUAGGUCAGCCGUAUAAAUGUGGCGAUGUACAAAAGAAUCCUCAGUCAAGUGAAAGGAAUAUUGCCCCUCUAAAAGACCUCCCUGAUCUACAGGAUUAUGUAAACCCUCAGCAACCACUUCUUGGUGUUCAGUAUGGAAAUGGAGUGACAGGAUCGGAGAUUCUUCUGGAUGCUGAUAGAAAUGGAGUGAAACAGAAUCAAUUAUCGGAGAGUAGCCAGCAGUUGUGUUCAGGGAUACCUAUGAUAAAUGCCUGGAGUAAGUCUGAGGAUGUUAAGUCGGCUGACAUGCUGGUCGAUAUGCAUAAAAAUGAAGAACACAUUACCUUUUUUUGUGACAAGAAAAUGGAAACAUUUAGUAGUGACACAUUUGCAUCUCUGGUGAAUGGCAUAUCUGAUUCUGGUUUAGACAAUGCAUCAUUAUCAGAGAAUGAAUCCAUGCAUGCCUGUUCAAUGAAUUGCAGUCAGAGCAAAGACUCUGAGCUCCUCAAUGGCAAGAAUAUUUCAGGUUCUGCCCUUGGUACAGCUCAGGAUGAUUUCAGUGAUUUUAGUGCUAAAGUUGUUAUGGAGGACAUCUCUAGAGUGCACCUGCUAGGCCUCUCGGAUUCACAUUCAAGCAACACAUGCGAUAGUCACAUAUACCCAAUCCAUAAGAAUCAUUAUACGAGAGAUGUUUAUGGAACCGACAUGGUGGCUAUAUCGUCAGAAGUACCUUUUUCUGGUUGCAGUACUCAGUGCAGGAUGAACACAGAAGAUUCUGAAAUUCCUUGCAACGACGAUGCCCUUAUGCAUGGUCAGCCUCCUAUAGAGUGCACCUCUACUUCUGACAAGAAUCUUCACCACAUUACGUGUUUAGUUUCCAUGGAACCUAGCCCUCCAGAAAAUGCUGGUGAUUCUAAUCACUUCGACUCGGUUGAAGAUGUCCAACCUUCGUCGGCAGCAAUGAAGAUGAAACCAUCCACCUUUGUAGAAAGGGAAAAUAGGAUGGCUUUAAAUGAAGCAUGCAAUUUAGGAAAUCAAGUGUCCGAUGAAAUAAACUGCAAGUUUCUUGCUGAUAAGCCAAACAUAAGCUGUGAGGCUGCUAUUCGAAACUGUAUGUCAUCACAUGGAUUGCCAGAUAUGGAAUUUCAUAAUCCCAUUGCAAGCAUGUCCAGUUCAGAUCAAGCAGAAGGAGGAUCUGACAAUGAGAACUAUGUUCCAAACUAUUUUGACAUAGAAGCUUUGAUCCUUAAUCAAGAUCUAAUUCCAUGGGAUCAAGAAUCUGAUUUCAUCCAACCUGAAGUUUCAAGGUUUCAGCACCUUAAAAGCAGGAAGGACUUGAUAAGACUAGAGCAAGGUGCUCGUUCGUAUAUGAACAGGUCUAUUAUGUCCCAGGGUGCUUUUGCAAUUAUUUAUGGCAGAUAUCUGAAGUACUACAUUAAGGAUCCUGAGGUAACUCUUGGGAGAGAAACGGAAGAGGUACAUGUUGACAUUGAUCUGGCAAAAGAAGGGAAUGCAAAUAAAAUAUCUCGUCGACAGAUAAGUGGUCAUGGUGCGAAGUAUGAUAACGACAAGAUGGCGACUCAAGUGAUGGGUUCGUCUUUUAUUCGGAUCUACUCGCACGUCUCCUCAUUUGGACCGACCUGAGAUCGGAUAUGCACUGAACCUGCUAGCAACAGAUCUAGCAUGUUGAAUGAAUAGAGAUGAGUGGAAGUCCAGAGAAACCAAGAGAAAUAGAGAGAUGUUGAAUGGUCCCUCUGCCAACAUCUCCCAUGGGGUGUGGAAGACAUCAAACUGAUGAAAACCAUGUUUGUACUCACAAAUCUCUUUUACAUGUGCACUUGGAUGCACCCAUCUUGCCAGUAUAUGGACAUGGCAUGCAAUUUUCUCAUUUCUUUUAUAUGUCUAAGUGCAGUUCAUUCUGUGCAACACAUUUCAGGAUGACGCUUCUUGUCUAUUCCAGUCAUGUCACUAUUCUGGGUUGUUUUUUUGAAUGAAGCAUGCUGGUAUAUCACUCCAGGGUUUGAAAUCUAAAUAUAAGUAAAUCUAUUACAUGCAUAAACUUAUUGGAACUGAAUGGUCUGGCCAUACUGGCAUACCGGUUACCAGAGUGUGAUUGAUAAUUAUGGGACCGGUGCAUUUUAAUGUAAGAAGAUCUUUGACCUGAUCUAAUAUUAUUAUGUUUACGUUAGGAAAACCUUGUAUAUCUUGUAUAUUAGCCAAAUAGAUAGCUAGGCUACAUAUGAAACCUAACAGAAACAUAAGAAAACCAAAAAUAGAAGGAGAGAGAAAAGGAGUAAACAAGAAAUGAGUAAACUUUUUUUCGCGAAAACGCAAAAGCCUUGCGUUUCGAUGCAUUGAUAGAUAAAGAAGAGUUUAUGUACAAGUCCGAGGACGGACACAACACGCCGUACAACUCGACCCAAGAAAAGGAAAAACUAAACUAGGGGAGUAGCUGGCGCACACCCGGGCUCCCGCGUCCGCCCAUUGCCG